AUGUGUGGACAGAAAGUAUGGGGUAUCGAAAAUGGUGACAAAUUGAUAUGUUCUUUAUGUACAGAUAUAAUUACCGCCAGGACUUAUAAUAUUGAGCGACACUUUUCUUCAAAACAUAAAGAUGUGAGUGAAAUGGCAAAUGAAGAUAAAUCUGAAUGCAUUGCUAAACGCGUAUUAAAUUUUGGAAAACAAAAUAAAUUCUUAAAGAGUUUUGUUACCAGCAAUAAUCACGCUACGUCUGCCAGCUAUGUUGCAGCUCUUAGCAUUGGUACCAACGGAAAACCAUUUACAGACGGCGAGUUUUUGAAAAACCCAUUCCUAAAUUGUUCCGAACACUUGUUUAAUGACUUCGCAAAUAAAAAACAAAUAAUUGAGAGAAUCAAAGAAAUGCCAUUGUCAGCUAGAACAGUCCAGCGUCGCGUUGAAGAUAUGGCCAAGAAUAUUGAUGAGCAGGUCAAAAAUGAUUUGGUAUCUUGUGACAUAAUUAGCAUUGCAGUUGACGAAAGUACCGACAUAAACAGUAUUGGUAGGCUUGCAAUAAUUAUUAGAUUUGCAUCAAUAAAUAGCUCGAAUGUCAAUGAAGAACUAUGCGUUCUUGCUUCAAUGAAUGAAACCACCAAGGCACUGAUAUUUUUCGUCAAGGUACAAGAGUUUACAAAUUUAAAAAAAAUGGGCAAGUAUUGGAUUUAA